AGGAGCGAGCGCGGUGGCAGCACAGCAGCAGCAGCGGGCGGGGGGAGCCGGCCCGAGGGUCGGGAACCCAGGGCAUCGCGGUGGGCACUGCGUGACCCCGAGCUGCCGUCCCCAUGGGCAGCCUGACCCAGCGGGGCAAGCCCAGCAGCAUCACGGCUCCGCUGCCGCUCGCCUGAGCCCCAAAAGCUCAGCUCGCUGCCCACAAGAGCCACGGGAGCCCCGCACGGAGUCUGUGAGGGACGGCUGAUUAUCCGGUCCCCCAGCCUCCAGCAGCUGUCCCACGGUGGUUUUGUCACACUGCCUGGCCGCAGGGUCCCCCGUCCCCGCCAGCAUCACCUCGGUGGCUCCCUGUCACCCGCCGGGACCUGCAGCCAGCACCACGCUCGGGUACCGGAGGCGCGGUGUCCCCACGCCACUCCCUCCUUCACCCGCCCCAGCAGCCCCCGUGAGCGCCAGCAGCCCCUGCUGAGCUGGAUGUGCCGCCGGGACGGGGACACGGCUCGGCAGGAUGGCGACAGCAGGGUGGUACCACCGCGACAUCAGCCAGGUGGUGGCCGAGGAGCUGCUGGCCAAGGCUGGGCGGGACGGCUCCUUCCUGGUGCGGGACAGCGAGUCCGUGAAGGGGGCGUUUGCCCUGUGCCUCCUGUUCCAGAGACACGUCUACACCUACCGCAUCCUCCCCGAUGAUGAGGGGCUGCUCUCCGUGCAGACCAUCCAGGGCAUCCAAACCAAGUGUUUCCUCACCCUCCCCGAGCUGAUCGGUGCCUACCAGCACCCCAACAACGGGCUGGUGACCCCGCUGCUGCAUCCCGUGCUCCGGCCGAGGCCGGCCGAGGACUCGGGUGAGCCGGGGAGGGGCCGGGGGCUGUGCCGGGCUGGGAGCGGGGAGGGUCCUGCUGAGCUGCUGCCUCUCCCCGCAGACGGGGAGGAUGCCCGAGGCUGGGGGCACACGGUGCCGUGUCCCGGGGCUCCUCCCUCCAGCCGGACCCACAUCCCGCAGCAGCUGCAGCAGAGGCUGCAGGAGCAGGUCCGCAGCAGCCCGGCCAGUGACUUCAUGGGCUUCAUGGCCGAGUACCUGGCCCAGCACGUGCAGGACCUGGAGGCUCUGUGCCACGGGCACCCGCAGCUGCGGCACCUCAGCACCGCGCUCGCCACUGCCUGCCGGGCGCUGCACAGUGAGAUCGACUUCACGCUGGCCGGUCUGGAGACCCUUGCCAGGGUGUUCGACCCCCCUGCGUCCCCUCGCAGCCCGGCCAGGGAGCAGGGUUUCCUGAGCAGCGAUUCAGACCUGGAGCUGCUCCUCAACAAGAUCUCCACUGUCAACCACCUCCUCUCUUCGCUGGAGAAGAAGGUGCUGAAGUCACUGCAGGAGACGGUGACAAGGCACAACCUGGCACUGCCCAGCGUGGCCGUGGCCCCCCUGCCAGCUGCCAGGCCCUUGGCUGUGCAGAACUUCGAGGUGAAGGUGGGGAAGUCCCAGCGUGCGGGCGUGACGGUGGAUGUGGAGUCGGGGACAGUGACCAUCACCAAGCGGGGCAGCGGCUCCCCGGAGGAGGUGAUCCCGCAGGAUAAAAUCCUGCAGCUGAUCAAGUACCAGAGCGUGCAGAGCAAGGUGAGGCUGGUGUGUGCCCGUGAGAACCAGAAGAGCCUGAGCAGGGACUUCAUCUUCCCCAGCGCGCGGAAGAGAGAGGCUUUUUGCCAGCUGCUGCAGCUGAUGAAGAUCCAGCAUUCCAACCUGGAUGAGCCUGAGAUCAUCUCGGUGUAUGUUGGGACGUGGAACAUGGGCAGCACACCUCCACCCCGCUCCCUGGCCUCCUGGCUGACCUCGAGGGGCUUGGGGCGCACGCAGGACGAGACCACGGCCUGCAUCCCCCACGACAUCUACGUCAUCGGCACCCAGGAGAACUCCCUGGGCGACCGCGAGUGGGUCGAGUUCCUCUGCGCCUCCCUCAAGAGCCUCAUGGCCAUCGACUACAGAGUGGUGGCCCUGCAGUGCCUGUGGAGCAUCAAGAUCGUGGUGCUGGUGAAGCCGGAGCACCAGCGGCGCAUCAGCCACGUCCACACGUCCAGCGUGAAAACCGGGAUUGCCAACACACUGGGGAACAAGGGAGCUGUGGGCGUCUCCUUCCUUUUCAACGGGACCUCCUUCGGCUUCGUCAAUUGCCACCUGGCCUCUGGCAGCGAGAGGACCCACAGGCGAAACCAGAACUACAGUGACAUCCUGCACUCCCUGGCCCUGGGGGACAAACGGCUGGGGGGCUUCGACCUCACCCUGCGCUUCACCCACCUCUUCUGGUUCGGGGACCUCAACUACCGCCUGGACAUGGAUGUGCAGGACAUUCUCACCCACAUAGUCAAGAAGGAAUUUCAAGCCCUCCUGGCUGUUGACCAGCUCAACCUGGAGCGGGAGAAGAACAAGGUGUUCCUGCAGUUCAGUGAGGGUGACAUCUCCUUCCCUCCCACGUACCGCUACGAGCGGGGCACCCGGGACACCUACGUGUGGCAGAAGUCCAAGCCCACGGGGAUGCGGAUCAAUGUCCCCUCGUGGUGUGACCGCAUCCUGUGGAAGUCACACCCGGAGACCCAUGUGGUCUGUAACUCCUACGGCUGCACUGAUGACAUCUUGACCAGUGACCACUCACCCGUCUUUGCCACCUUUGAGGUGGGAGUGACAUCGCAGUUUGUGCCCAAGGAGGCUCCCGGCUCCAGCCCCGAGGCGCUGGCCUGCAUCGAGUGGGAGAGCAUUGAGGUGAUCCUGAAAACCACCAGCUGUAGCAAGUGCUACAUCGAGUUCCACUCCUACUGCCUGGAGGAGGUGCAGCGGAGCGAGGAGAACACCUCCCAGAACUGUGACAUCCCUGGGUUCCUCAAGCUGCUCUGGUCCUCCAAACAUCUGCCUGUGCUGAACCCCAUCCUGCCCGACCUGGAGUACCUGGGGGACCAGCACCUGCUCCUCAGCAUCAAGGGCGUGGAGAGCUGCGAGUCCUACGGCGAGUGCUGCCUCGCCCUGAGGUCAGCGAUCGGCACCACGGCGCAGCAGUUCGAGACAUUCCUGUUCCACCGUGGCGAGGAGACGGGCUCCGUGCGCGGCCGGAUGCGGGUCCGGGUGCCCCGGGGCCGGUGCGGCACCCGCGAGAGGCUCUACGAGUGGAUCAGCUUUGAGGAGGAGGAUGCUGAGCCGGCGGCAGAGCCCCCGAUGUGCCCCAAGCUGCCCCCGCAGCGCCUCAGGAGCCGUCCCCGCAGCCUCCCGGAGCCGGCCACCGGCUACACCAACCCCGCUUACUUCAUCUUGGAGGGAGUGCCCAACGCGUGUCCCCCGGCCCCCGGAGGAGCCCCCAAGAAGCAGGCAGAGCGCCCGGCCGGGGCCCAGCCAUGCCGGAGCCCCGCUGGAGAGCGGGUCCCGCUGCCCUCAGAGGAGGAGCCAUGGUGUGGCCGGCCCCGCUGUGGGCCACCGAGCCCUUCCCGUGGGCACCCACUCAGCCCCUCCAGAGCCGGCCACCACAAGAGACCCAAGUCGGCCGUCCUGACGAGGGACACGGUGGGGCUGGGCGACUGCUCGCUGUACGGGGCCACUCAGCUGGACCAGGUGUCACCGCAGCGCAGGGGGGACAGACUGUUCCAGAGCCACCACGUCCUGGAGCCGCCACCGCGGCCCUGCCGGGAAGCGCCGAGGCCACUCGGGAAGCGGGGAGCGCUCGAUGCUUCGGCCCUGGAGGCUCAGCCUCCUCCGCCCGCCGAGCCGCAGCCUGCCAGGAUGUAGCGACAGCCAGGAUGUGCACCCUCGUGCCCUGGGCAGCUGCUCCCUCCUGCUCAGCCGCUGUUCCCGGAGGGAUUUCCCUUCAGCCCAGCUCCCGAGGCCGCUGCGCUGGUUCCCUUUGCUGUCACCGUCCAGAAUAAAGUGU